AUGCAUCUCCACCCCCUGUCCUUCACCUUCUUCCUCCUCCUGGCUGCCGGGGCAACAGUGAUGUGUGUUACGGUGACAACCUCGCUCCAAGGUUUUCGAGGCUGUGCAGUGAGAGAGUUCACCUUUGUGGCCCAGAAACCUGGCUGCAAGGGACUGCGCAUCACCACAGAAGCCUGCUGGGGGCGCUGUCACACCUGGGAGAAGCCUGUUCUGGAUCCCCCCUACAUCCACCGCCACCACAGAGUGUGUACAUACAGCCGUACCCGGCACAUGACGGCCCGUCUGCCAGGCUGCCAGCCCAACGUGUCCCCCCUCUACCACUACCCCAUGGCCCUGCACUGCCACUGUUCUAUCUGCUCCACUCUGGACACUGAGUGUGAGACCUUCUGA